GCCGCGACAGCCCCGCGCCCGCCCCGCGCGGCGGCGGCGGCGGCAACAUGGCUGGGCGCGGGCGCUGGCGCCGGCGGGAGGAGCUCCCCCGAGCCCCCGCGCCCGCCGCGCGCGCCUAGCCAUGGCAAAUGGUGGCGGCGGCGGCCUGAGGAUGAGCAGCCACAUCCGCGCGCACCACCUCAGCCUAGACGCGUCCUCCUCCUCCUCCUCCUCCUCCUCCUCGGCCUCCUCCUCCUCCUCCUCUUCCUCCUCGGCCGCGGUCCACGAGCCCAAGAUGGAUGCGCUCAUCAUCCCGGUGACCAUGGAGGUGCCGUGCGACAGCCGGGGCCAGCGCAUGUGGUGGGCUUUCCUGGCCUCGUCCAUGGUGACUUUCUUCGGGGGCCUCUUCAUCAUCCUGCUCUGGCGGACGCUCAAGUACCUGUGGACCGUUUGCUGCCACUGCGGGGGCAAGACGAAGGAGGCCCAGAAGAUCAACAACGGCUCAAGCCAGGCGGAUGGCACGCUCAAGCCAGCAGAUGAGAAAGAGGAGGCAGUAGCAGCCGAGGUCGGCUGGAUGACCUCGGUGAAGGACUGGGCGGGCGUGAUGAUAUCUGCCCAGACGCUGACCGGCAGAGUCCUGGUUGUCUUGGUCUUUGCUCUCAGCAUUGGUGCACUUGUAAUAUACUUCAUUGAUUCUUCCAACCCAAUAGAAUCCUGCCAGAAUUUCUACAAAGAUUUCACAUUACAGAUCGACAUGGCUUUCAACGUCUUCUUCCUUCUCUACUUUGGCUUGCGGUUUAUUGCAGCCAAUGAUAAGCUGUGGUUCUGGCUGGAAGUGAACUCUGUAGUAGAUUUCUUCACAGUUCCCCCGGUAUUUGUGUCUGUGUACUUAAACAGAAGCUGGCUUGGCCUGAGAUUUUUACGAGCUCUCCGACUGAUACAGUUUUCAGAGAUUUUGCAGUUUCUGAAUAUUCUUAAAACAAGCAAUUCCAUCAAGCUGGUGAAUCUGCUCUCUAUUUUUAUCAGCACGUGGCUUACGGCGGCCGGCUUCAUCCACCUGGUGGAGAAUUCCGGGGACCCAUGGGAGAACUUCCAGAACAACCAGGCACUCACCUACUGGGAAUGUGUCUAUCUACUCAUGGUCACCAUGUCCACCGUUGGUUAUGGGGAUGUUUAUGCAAAAACCACUCUUGGGCGCCUCUUCAUGGUCUUCUUCAUCCUCGGGGGACUGGCCAUGUUUGCCAGCUACGUCCCUGAAAUCAUAGAGUUAAUAGGAAACCGCAAGAAAUACGGGGGCUCCUAUAGUGCGGUUAGUGGAAGAAAGCACAUUGUGGUCUGUGGACACAUCACCCUGGAGAGUGUUUCCAACUUCCUGAAGGACUUUCUGCACAAGGACCGGGAUGAUGUCAAUGUGGAGAUUGUCUUUCUUCACAACAUUUCCCCAAACCUGGAGCUGGAAGCACUGUUCAAACGGCACUUCACUCAGGUGGAAUUUUACCAGGGUUCAGUCCUCAAUCCACACGAUCUGGCUAGAGUCAAGAUAGAGUCAGCAGAUGCCUGCCUAAUCCUUGCCAAUAAGUACUGCGCUGACCCGGAUGCUGAAGAUGCUUCCAAUAUCAUGAGAGUAAUCUCCAUAAAGAACUACCAUCCGAAGAUAAGAAUCAUCACUCAGAUGCUGCAGUACCACAACAAGGCCCAUCUGCUAAACAUUCCAAGCUGGAAUUGGAAAGAGGGUGAUGAUGCAAUCUGCCUUGCAGAACUCAAGCUGGGGUUCAUAGCCCAGAGCUGCCUGGCCCAAGGCCUCUCCACCAUGCUCGCCAACCUCUUCUCCAUGAGGUCAUUCAUAAAGAUUGAGGAAGACACGUGGCAGAAAUACUAUUUGGAAGGAGUUUCAAAUGAAAUGUACACAGAAUAUCUUUCCAGUGCCUUCGUGGGUCUGUCCUUCCCUACUGUUUGUGAGCUGUGUUUUGUGAAGCUCAAGCUCUUAAUGAUAGCCAUUGAGUAUAAGUCCGCCAACCGUGAGAGUCGAAGCCGAAAGCGUAUAUUAAUUAAUCCUGGAAAUCAUCUUAAGAUCCAAGAAGGUACUUUAGGAUUUUUCAUCGCAAGUGAUGCCAAAGAAGUUAAAAGGGCAUUUUUUUACUGCAAGGCCUGUCAUGAUGACAUCACAGAUCCCAAAAGAAUAAAAAAAUGUGGCUGCAAACGGCUCAAGGGUGAAGCUAGAUCACGCUAUCUCAGAGAUCCAUUUGAGUUCAAGAUCGCAGCUCACAAUUCUCGGCUUGUGACUGAGCCAGUUGAAGAUGAACAGCCGUCAAGUCUGUCACCCAAAAAAAAGCAGCGGAAUGGAGGCAUGAGGAACUCCCCCAGCACCUCGCCCAAGCUGAUGAGGCAUGACCCUUUGUUAAUUCCUGGGAAUGAUCAGAUUGACAACAUGGACUCCAAUGUCAAGAAGUAUGACUCUACAGGGAUGUUCCAUUGGUGUGCACCCAAGGAGAUAGAGAAGGUCAUCCUGACUCGAAGCGAAGCCGCUAUGACAGUCCUGAGUGGCCACGUGGUGGUCUGCAUCUUUGGAGAUGUCAGCUCAGCCCUGAUCGGCCUUCGGAACCUGGUGAUGCCACUUCGUGCCAGCAACUUCCAUUACCACGAGCUCAAACACAUCGUGUUUGUGGGCUCCAUUGAGUACCUCAAGCGAGAGUGGGAGACACUUCACAACUUCCCUAAAGUGUCCAUAUUGCCUGGUACGCCAUUAAGUCGGGCUGAUUUAAGGGCCGUCAACAUCAACCUCUGUGACAUGUGCGUUAUCCUGUCAGCCAAUCAGAAUAAUAUUGAUGAUACUUCGCUGCAGGACAAGGAAUGCAUCUUGGCGUCACUCAACAUCAAAUCUAUGCAGUUUGAUGACAGCAUCGGGGUCUUGCAGGCUAAUUCCCAAGGGUUCACCCCUCCAGGAAUGGACAGAUCCUCUCCAGACAACAGCCCAGUGCAUGGGAUGUUACGCCAGCCAUCCAUCACAACUGGGGUCAACAUCCCCAUCAUUACAGAACUAGCUAAGCCUGGCAAGUUGCCUUUGGUAUCAGUCAAUCAGGAAAAAAACAGUGGGACGCACAUUCUAAUGAUAACAGAACUGGUGAAUGAUACUAAUGUUCAGUUUUUGGACCAAGACGACGAUGAUGAUCCUGACACAGAACUGUACCUCACACAACCCUUUGCAUGUGGGACAGCUUUUGCCGUCAGUGUUCUGGACUCACUAAUGAGUGCGACAUACUUCAAUGACAAUAUCCUUACUCUGAUCCGAACGCUGGUGACAGGUGGGGCCACGCCGGAGCUUGAGGCUCUGAUUGCUGAGGAGAACGCUCUUCGAGGGGGUUACAGUACCCCCCAGACACUGGCCAACAGGGACCGCUGCCGCGUGGCCCAGUUAGCCCUGCUGGAUGGCCCCUUUGCCGACUUAGGGGAUGGUGGUUGUUAUGGUGAUCUGUUCUGCAAAGCUCUGAAAACAUACAAUAUGCUUUGCUUUGGAAUUUACCGGCUGAGAGAUGCUCACCUCAGCACCCCCAGUCAAUGUACAAAGAGGUAUGUCAUCACCAACCCCCCUUAUGAGUUUGAGCUCGUGCCGACGGACCUGAUCUUCUGCUUAAUGCAGUUUGACCACAACGCCGGCCAGUCCCGGGCAAGCCUCUCCCAUUCCUCCCACUCAUCCCAGUCCUCCAGCAAGAAGAGUUCUUCCGUUCACUCCAUCCCGUCCACAGCAAACAGACAGAACCGGCCCAAGUCCCGGGAGUCCCGAGAAAAACAGAAUGCAACAAGGAUGAAUAGAAUGGGCCAAGCAGAAAAGAAAUGGUUUACAGAUGAACCGGAUAAUGCCUAUCCCAGAAACAUUCAAAUCAAGCCCAUGAGUACCCACAUGGCUAACCAGAUCAACCAAUAUAAAUCCACAAGCAGCUUGAUUCCACCAAUCAGAGAAGUCGAAGAUGAAUGUUGACUCCCAGGAGACCAGACUAUUUUUUUAAAGCCUGACAAACUUCAUAAAUGGUGACGUGACUUUUCUUCCUCUUACAUGCUGAAUCACUGGUGAAAACGUUAGGAUAAAGCAAGAAUUGCAAGAAAAAUAAAGUAGACGGCUCUUUCUCUUUGUCUGCCUUGAAUAUUGCUUCCAUGUAUUUUGGAAAAGAAAAUGAUUUCAUUUAUAAAUGAACAUAUAAAACUAGUCAUGUAUAGCCUCUAGCAUUUUAAAUUAUUUUUGUUUAUUAGAAAGAAAAUAUAUUUUUCUUUUUUUUUCAUUGUCAACUACCUUCCCUAUAUCUAAACAAUGCAAAAUCAAAACAAAUAUGUGGCCAGACUCCUUCGUGCGUAUUUCUCUUCUUUCUCUCUUUUUCUUUGAGGAGAAUGAUGGUCACCUCCACAAUUAAUUGUAAUUAAGGGAAAUGAAGAAUUAAAACAAUUUUUAAAUGGUUCAAUGAUGUAAACAUGUAUUUUAGUAAAUUAAAAAAAAAGGAAAGGGGGCAGGUGCAUUUUCUGAAUGGGUGUGUAUCUUAGCUGCAUUGACACCAGCUCUUAAUAAAUGGAAACGUAUCUAUUUUCACAA